AUGGAAGGAUCAACUGUCAACUAUUAUGAUGAUUAUUUUAGCACCAAGGCUCCUGACAACUGCCCAGCUGUGCAACUACCUUACAAAGAGAUUUUCCUGCCUGUUCUAUAUGCCAGUGUAUUCUUGGUGGGGAUAGCUGGCAACACCCUUCUAAUGGGAGCCCUGAUCUUCAAGCGGCGUAUCCAGAGGUUGAUUGACAUCUUCAUUGUCAAUUUGGCAGCUUCUGAUUUUGUUUUCCUUAUCACGUUACCCUUUUGGGUAGACAAGGAGAUGUCCUCGGGACUGUGGCGAUCAGGCUCGUUCAUCUGUAAAGGCAGUUCCUACAUCAUCUCUGUCAACAUGUAUUGCAGUAUUUUCCUUCUCACUUGUAUGAGUGCCGAUCGAUAUCUCGCCAUCCUGCAUCCACUGGCGGCCAGGAGGAUUAGAACAAAGCUCUAUACUGUCUCCCUUUGCAUCUGCAUCUGGAUUCUGUCGUGCCUGCUGGGAUUGCCUACCCUUCAGUCCAGAGAACUGGGGAAUGACGAUGGCAACACAUACUGUGAGGACAAGAAGGCCACGUUCACUAAUCAGAUUAGGUCACUGUUGCAGCUAAUUUUGGCCUUCUUUUUCCCACUCCUGAGCAUCUUGCUGUUUUACUGCUCCAUCACCAGGAAACUCUGUAUACAUUAUAAGAAGUCUGGAAAACAUAACAAAAAGCUGAAGAAAUCCAUUAAAGUUAUAUUCAUUGUAGUGGUUGCCUUUGUUCUAUCAUGGGCCCCUUUCAACGUUUUUAAAUUUCUGUCUGUGCUGUCUGACAUUCAAGAGCUGAAGCCACCUUUCUGCCUUACCUACAAAGUUGCCUACCUGGGCAUGGAACUGAGUGGCCCCCUUGCAUUUGCCAAUAGCUGCACAAACCCUUUCAUCUACUAUUUUUUUGAUGACUACAUCCGUAGGGCCAUGUGGCAAUGUAUGCUUCCGUGCAUGAAGGCCAGCAGCCUUGGCUCUAAUUCUGGCACUAUGGACACACACCUCAGCUACUCCUUGAAUGUCCAUGGAGAAAAUGUGCCUAGGAAGAGACGGCAAUCACUGUCGCUCUGA